UUGACGUCCUCGUUCGUGUCGGCGCAGAAUCUUGACGUCAUCGUAAACUCGGAAGAAGUGAAGCAGCAGAACGUUAGAGCAACGUGAGUUUUACAAAAACGUUGAUUGAAUAUUUCAGGUGAAAACUGCUGGAGUGACAACAACCCUACAGAGGAAGCAUGUCUCUGAACAAGUCCAUGCAUCCACGCAACCGGUACAAAGACACGCCCCCAGAUUUCGCCUAUUUGGCCUCCAAGUACCCGGACUUCCAGCAGCAUGUUCACACCAGUAUGGCUGGGCGAUCCAUGUUGAACUUCAAAGAGCCUGAGGCGGUGCGCGCGCUCACGUGCACGCUGCUGAAGGAGGACUUCGGCCUGACCAUCGCCAUCCCCCUGGAGCGCCUCAUCCCCACGGUGCCGCUGCGCCUCAACUACAUCCACUGGGUGGAGGACCUCACCGGGGGCCAGGGCCAGCCGCGCAAGGGCAUUGACAUCGGAACUGGGGCAUCUUGCAUCUAUCCCCUGCUGGGAGCCACCAUGAAUGGCUGGUACUUCCUAGCCACCGAGGUCGAUGACAUCUGCUUCGACUACGCCACCAAGAAUGUGGAGCAGAACAACCUCUCGGAGCUCAUUAAAGUGGUUAAGGUCCCCCAUAAAACCCUGCUGAUGGACGCUCUGAAGGAGGAGACCACGAUAGUGUACGACUUCUGCAUGUGUAAUCCUCCCUUCUUCGCCAACCAGCUGGAAGCUAAGGGGGAGAACUCGAGGAACUCUCGACGGCCGCCACCCAGCUCCGUCAACACGGGCGGCGUGACGGAGAUCAUGGCCGAGGGCGGGGAGCUGGAGUUCGUCAAGAGGAUCAUCCACGACAGCCUGCAGCUCAAGACACGUCUGAGGUGGUACAGCUGCAUGUUGGGGAAGAAGUGCACCCUGGCCCCUCUGAAGGAGGAGCUGAGGAAGCAAGGGGUACCUCGGGUGACCCACACGGAGUUCUGCCAGGGCCGCACCAUGCGCUGGGCUUUGGCCUGGAGCUUCUACGAUGACGUGAUCGUUCCGUCCCCACCGAACAAGAAGCGUAAGCUGGAGAAGAGCAGGAAGCCCCUGUCCUUCACUCUUCAAGAGGCUGGUCUUAAGGAGCUCCGGGCCAAGGCCUCCGCCAAGGGCUGCAAGUCCCCCUCUGGCCUGGACAGCAUCACAGCCCUGCUGGAGAAGACGCUCACCAACCUGCGGGUGCUGCACAAGCGCGUCCCCAGCAGUGUGCAACAGACAAGCCUGCUGCUGACCGCCGUGGAGAACACCUGGAUCCACGGGCGACAGAAGCGGCGCGAGCAGAAGCGGCACUUGCGCGAACUGCCUAGAGCGCCCCCCGCAGCCUUGGCCGGCUUCCAGAGCACCACGACCUCGACGGGCUCAGCCAGCGCCGCUAGGUCCUCCCAGACCAAGCCCCGUCCCGAACAGAGCCCGGCGGUCCCUGAAACCCCUUCUGCCACUGCAGAACUAGCGUGCGCACAACCGCUAGCGGCUCCAGUACCACAGCCAGCCAAGCAAACGCUCCAUGACUCUUCCCUCAGUGUGGCCGUCCAAAGGGACCCAGCCGCUGAACCAUCAGAAGUGUUAGGGGGCGACGCAGGCAAGGAUGUUGACCUGAUGGAAAUCCAGACCUCUGUGGCAGAGGAAGGCGCCGCGACGAAUGAAACGGGGCCGGGGAAGCGGCCCCCGACCCCCAGCUCUGUGCAGGAGUUUCUGUUUAAGUGUCUGCUGGAGGUGUUGAUGGAGGAGGUUAGUGGUGGUGUAGUGGUGGAGAUGCAUUGGGUGGAAGGCCAGAGUAAAGACCUGAUGAACCAGCUGUUUACAUACCUCAAGAACUCAAUCCUCAAGAUGGUGGCCAGUCCCUGAUAUCAGAACGGACUGUAGGCGGGAAGGGGUGGUUUGUUGAAUUUUUUUUUUUUUUCAAGAUGUGAUCUGUAUUUGUUAAUACAGUAUCUAUAAUAAAAUGUACUUCUUUUUUU